CAGAGCUUUCCCCUCUCCGAAUAAUAAUCAUAAUCAAACAAAAAUAUUCGUAUUACCUCUCUACCCGAUCCUAAUGAAGGAGCUUCGCCCUGACUGAUUUGGGGAGAUGGGAAUACUAAACAUAACAGACCAGACACCUCUGGUCCAGGCUAUAUUUAGCCGAAAUGCCGAAGAAGUGAAGUUUUUGUUGCACAAGAAAGAAGAAGUCAAUGCACUGGACCAAGAGCGUCGUACCCCCUUACAUGCUGCUGCCUGUUUGGGCGAUGUUCACAUUAUGGACCUCCUCAUUAAUUCAGGUGCUAGUGUUAAUGCUAAGGACCAAGGGUGGUUGACCCCUCUGCAUCGAGCAGUCGCCUCAAGGAACGAAAAGGCAGUUGGUCUGCUGCUGAGACAGGGGGCGGAGGUGAACGCGCGGGACAGGUUCUGGCAGACUCCGUUGCAUGUGGCGGCGGCGAACCGGGCGACGAGGUGUGCCGAAACCCUGGUGCCCCUGCUGAGCAGUCUCAACGUGGCUGACCGCUCAGGCAGGACGGCCCUCCACCACGCAGCCUACAGUGGACACACCGAGAUGGUAAACUUGCUCCUCAACAAGGGCGCCAACCUGAGUGCCAGUGAUAAGAAGGACAGACAGCCCAUCCACUGGGCCGCAUACCUGGGGCAUUUGGAGAUUGUGAAGCUUCUGGUGUCUCGCAGUGCUGAUCCUUGCUGUAAGGACAAGCGGGGAUACACUCCCCUCCACGUGGCUGCCGUCAGCGGACACAUAGAGGUGGUCAAGUACCUGCUACGGCUUGGAGCGGAGAUUGAUGAGCCGAACGCAUUUGGAAACACUGCUCUCCACAUGGCCUGCUACACUGGGCAGGAGGCUGUGGCCAACGAGCUGGUGAACCGUGGAGCCAACGUGAACCAGCCCAACCUGCGCGGCUGCACCCCCCUGCACCUGGCUGCUGUCUCCACCAACGGAGCACUCUGCCUGGAGCUGCUAGUCAACAACGGGGCAGAUGUAAACAUGCAGAGUAAAGAAGGGAAGAGCCCUUUGCACAUGGCCGCCAUUCACGGGCGCUUCACUCGUUCCCAGAUCCUUAUUCAAAACGGCGGGGAGAUCGACUGUGUUGAUAAAUAUGGCAAUACUCCUCUUCAUGUUGCUGCUAAGCACGGCCACGAGCUGCUCAUCAGCACCCUGAUGACUAACGGUGCUGAUACUGCCAGGCAAGGGAUUCAUGGGAUGUUUCCAUUGCACUUGGCUGUGCUCUACGGGUUUUCAGACUGUUGUCGAAAGUUACUCUCCUCAGGUCAGCUGUACAGCAUCGUGUCGUCGUUGAGUAAUGAGCAUGUGCUGUCGGCGGGGUUUGACAUUAACACCCCGGACAGCUUGGGGAGAACCUGCCUACACGCCGCCGCCUCCGGAGGGAACGUUGAAUGUCUUAACUUGCUGUUGAGCAGUGGUGCUGACUUGAGUAAAAAAGACAAAUUGGGAAGAGCUCCUUUGCACUAUGCGGCGGCGAAUGGCAGUUAUCAGUGUACAGUAGCCCUGGUGGGUGCAGGCGCUGAGGUGAAUGAGCUGGACCUGAAGGGCUGCAGCCCUCUGCACUACGCAGCUGCCUCACAGUCCUUCCGCAGAGUGGACAGAAAUUCCUCAGCCAAUGCCGAGAGUGAGGACAGAGAUAAAGAGGCUCUGCUGUGUUUGGAGUACCUUCUGGAUAAGGGGGCAGACCCAGCUCUGCGCAACAACAAAGGAUUCAGUCCCGUCCACUAUGCAGCUGCCCACGGCAACAAACAGAACCUGGAACUGCUCUUGGAAAUGUCUUUCAACUGUCUGGGAGAUGUUGAGAGCAGUGUUCCUGUAAGCCCAUUGCACUUAGCUGCAUAUAACGGUCACUGUGAAGCUCUCCGGGUUCUGUCGGAGACUCUGGUUAGCCUUGAUGUGAGGGACACUGGGGGCCGCACGGCGCUCUACCUGGCCGCCCAGAGGGGCCAUACUGCAUGUGUGGAGGUGCUGCUGGGACACGGGGCCUCCUGCCUCCUCAAGGAGCGCAGCCGCAAGUGGACCCCGCUCCACGUCACAGCGGCCAAUGGCCAGACAGACUGUCUGCUUCUGCUGUUGAACAGAACUGAGAAGGCCGACAUCAUCGACGCCACAGACACACAGGGACAGACCCCUCUGAUGCUGGCAGCUCUGGGCAGCCACGCAGACUGCGUUCACCUGCUGCUGGAGAGAGGGACAGCGCCCGACACAGGGGACAAGAGGAACCGCACCGCACUGCACCGAGCGGCGGUGGUGGGUAGUGUGGACUCUGUGUCGGCCCUGCUGGAGCAUGGAGCUCAGGCACUGUGUAGGGAUACGCGUGGCCGGACUCCUCUACACUUGGCCGCCUCUUGUGGCCAUGCUGAGGUACUGGGGCUCCUGCUGCAGGCCGCCGCCCGCUCUGACCCUCUGGACUCUCUGUUGGACUACAGCGGUUACACCCCCGCUCACUGGGCAGCCUACCACGGGCACGAGGACUGUUUGGAAGCUUUACUUGAAAACAAACCAUUUAGUAUCCAGGAGGGAAAUCCCUUCACGCCAUUGCACUGUGCGCUAAUAAAUGGACAUGAUGGAGCAGCUGAGCUGCUGGUAGAAACCAUGGGAACACAGAUUAUCAAUCUCAGAGACGCCAAAGGAAGGACCCCACUGCAUGCAGCUGCCUAUGCAGAGAGUAUGGUUGGCCUACAGUUGGUUCUGAUGCGGGGGGCGGAAGUGAAUGCUGUCGAUGAUGCAGGACGCUCUCCACUGAUGGUGGCGGCCGAAAAUGGACAGACUGCUGCUGUUGAGAUCCUGCUCCACCAGGCUAAGGCGGAUCUUUCACUGUUUGACAUCAACUACAACACAGCGCUGCACCUGGCUUGUAGCAGAGGUCAUGAGAUGUGUGCCCUGUUGAUUCUGGCUGAGACCGAUGAUCCUUCCCUCAUCAAUGCAACAAACAAUGCUCUUCAAAUGCCCCUGCAUAUUGCCGCGCGAAAUGGUCUUGCCACUGUUGUGGAGGUGCUGUUGAGUCGAGGGGCAACAGUGCUGGCUGUAGACGAAGAGGGCCAUACCCCAGCUCUGGCCUGCGCCCCAAAUAAGGAUGUGGCAGACUGCCUGGCUCUAAUCCUCUCCACCAUGAAGCCUUUUCCUCCCAAAGACCCCACGUCUGGCACCCACUACGGCCUGAACCUGCUGAAGCAGUGCAGCAUCGCAGCCACACGCCGUCCCCUGGCCAACGGAAGCCUCCGGCACAGUUACACCAAGGACCGGCACGGCACUGUGGGCCUGGACAGCUGCCUCACCGAGUGAGAAACACACA